UCGUGAAUCGUGCGACAUUCCGACACAAAGUUUGUAGCGAACCGGUCGUGUACGCUCACUAACUAUUAAAAAGUAACACACACAACGUAUACUAAACUUUUACUGUGACCUAAUUACUUCGCGAUAAGUGCAAUUCAAUUAACGACAUGUGAAAUUGUUACCGUAUAAACAGUGAAUCAGUGUUCAUAGUGUCAAAGUUUAUCAAUUGUGAUUGAGACUGCGCUUGAUUGUUUAAAAUAGAAAUGGUGUUACAAUGAAUGGCAAAUUAUAUAUCUAAUUUAAAUUGCCAAAAUGUUUAACUCGAGGAUUUGGCUGCUAUUACCGUAUGGAUUACAAUUAAUAUGCUUGACAACAGCAGAUACAAACGGGCCGAUAAUAAUUCCUUCCACGGAUGAAAUAACAUUAGAAAAGGGGCAAAAUUUCACAAUAAUAUGCAGAUCUAAUAAAAAAGUACAAAUAAAACAACAGGAAUUGCCCGAGUAUAGCAAUCAAUUGUUCAAUGAGCAAACAACUGUGGCGCUAACUGACUCGAAAUAUAAGUUUGAAACGACGUUAGAUUUACUCAAUGUCAGCAGGAUUACUGUUGGUUACUAUGCCUGUUUUGAUGAGAGCGUCAAUGAAACUGCUAUAUUAACAAAUAUACGUGAGGAACCUUCUAAUACAGAUCAUGUAGCUUACAUAUACAUUUACGUCAACGGUACGGAUAGUCUUUUUGCACCUUUCAGAGAAAUGUUGAUAUCAAUAGGUAACUCGAAGGUUGUAAUAGAAUGUAAACCUACAACGCCUGAUGUUUCGGUACAAUUAAUAGGGGACUUUCCAGAAAGCGAGUAUAGUUAUAGCCCGAAAAUUGGUUUCACCAUAGAUAGCGAACUUUUGGAUAAUCAGAUAACAUUUUUCAAUUGUGAAUUUAUAGGACAAAACAUUGCCACAACGAAAGAUGUGUUUGUACAUAAACAGAUUGAAAAACCUCCUACGCCGAGCAUAAAAGGUGAUUCGCCAUAUUUCAUUAAAGGAGAGACUUUUUCACUUAACUGUACGGUAACAUAUCAAGAGAAUACCGCUGUAUAUCUUGUAUGGAAACUGCCUUUCUCGAAGAGUGUUUUGAACGAAACAAACGAGAAGGAAGCUACUGGUGGUAAUUUAUAUAAAAAGAUAACUAUAGUUAACGCAACAGAGGAAGAUGCUGGCAUCUACACAUGUUUAUCUAGGAAUAGGAAUGGAGAAGAAAAGAAAGACUUUACAAAAAUAUACAAAGAUGCUGGGUUUAUUAACCUAACGAAACCACAUAAUCAGAUGAACACACUGGAAACAAAGCAAAGGAUGAUAAAGCUUCAUGCGAAGAUUUCGGACUAUCCGCGCGCUAAUUUCACUGUUUUUCGCGAUGGAGUGCAACUGCCAACAGUCGUUGCUGGAAAAUAUUAUUUGGUAGCUGAUCGUGGAAGCGUGGAUUAUUCCAUUUCAAACUUAAAUAUAAACGACACAGGAAAUUAUACAAUCGUUGCAACAAAUGCUUAUGUAACAAAGAACGUAACCUACGAUCUCAGGCCGCUUGCUGUACCGGUGAUUGAUUUUGGCCGGAGAGAUGCAAGAAAGUAUUUGAAGGAUCAAAUUGCUUCAAUAAAAUGCGAGGCAGUUGGCUAUCCACAACCCAUUAUAGAUAUGGUGUUCACCGAUGAGAAGGGUCAGGAGAAGCGGCUUGAUGUGACUAAACGUACUAAAUUCGAAUCUAUAAUAAAGACAUCGGCAGAAAUACAAAUAAACGCGCGUGCGUCUGGCUAUAUAACUUGCCACGCCACAAAUAGCAUGGGUCACGUGUCUGAAGAGAGAAGAUUUAUCAUUCAAGAGGUGCCAGACGGUUUUGGAGUAAAGGAAAGUCUGGGCUGGUACUCGGAAAAUCAGAAAGUUGAAUUAGAGUGUUAUGCUUCGAAAUAUGAGUUCUCCAACGUCUCGUGGAUUGAUUGGGAAGGUCUAUUGAUGGAUAAUUAUACCAAGUUUUACGAGACACAAUUCUCGUUUGUCGCCAUGUUGGUGUUUGAUGGAAUAACAUUAAACGACGCUGGGAACUACACGUGUCUGGGUUACAAAAAUGAUGAUUCAGAGGAAUCGUAUAUGACGCAUGUGUCAGUGAUAGAACAACGGUUACCUGUUAUUCUAAUUCCGGAGACGACGGAGAUGGACGUCCAAGUGAAUCCAUACCAACCAAUGCAACUUACCUGCCAAGUUGAUGCUGUCCCUCCUCCCACAGUCACCUGGUAUAAGGAUGGAUUUCCCAUUGAAGAUACCGAGAACCUUGCAAUCAUUACAUUUAUGAUGAAUCGUACUACAAUAAAUUCAACAGUGGGAAUAAAGAGUAUGACAGAGGAUGAUAAGGGAAAAUACGAGUGUGUAGCAUAUAGUGGAGAAGAAAGACAGAGCAAGGUUUAUACUCUUUGUAUGAAAGAAACACCAACUUACAAAGGAUUAUUAAGUUGUGUAGGCGUUAUUGUAUUCUUACUGAUAAUACUUAUUGCCUAUUUGGCAUGGAGAAUACGUAAGAUGAAGCAAUUUAAGAGGGAGUUAGCGGCAGCUGGUUUGCUCUACUUCAAGGAAGGAGUGCCGAAGUCGCUUAACCCAGAUCUUGGAAUCGAUGAACAAGCGGAACUCUUACCUUAUGACGAUAAAUUUGAGUUUCCAGCGGAAAAACUGAAAAUAGGAAAACAACUCGGCGCGGGAGCCUUCGGUGUGGUAUACAAGGCUGAGGCCAGGGGCAUCGUGAAUGCUGAAGAAUCUACCACAGUGGCUGUCAAAACUGUCAAAAAAACCGCAGAUAACAUGUACAUCAAAGCUCUAGCUUCCGAAUUGAAGAUUAUGGUGCAUUUAGGAAAGCAUAUUAAUAUUGUCAACCUAUUGGGAGCUUGUACGAAGAAUGCAGGGAAAAGAGAACUAAUAGUUAUUGUGGAAUACUGUAAAUUUGGUAACAUACACAACUAUUUGAUCCGUCAUCGGGAAGUGUUUAUCGACCAGCUCACUGAUGAUAAAGAGAAGACCUUGGGUAAAGUCAACAAGGCGUUCUCUUCCAGCACUGCCAGUAGUGGAAUGCAUUCUGAUUAUUACGGCUCAAACCACACUCAAGCAACGGACCAUACAAGCCUAAACUCGGGAAUCACUAACAGAUCUGGAAGAAAAGUUUCAGAAACCGGUUACGUCCAACCAGAAUGGCGGUCGAACUACGAAUGUGACUCCAUUUACGAAGGCCGAAAGCCAAGACCACUAACAUCAAGAGAUCUCCUCGCUUGGGCCUUCCAAAUUGCUAGGGGAAUGGAAUAUCUUGCCAGUAGAAAGGUCCUACACGGUGACUUGGCAGCAAGAAAUGUGUUAUUGGCCGAAGAUAAUGUCGUGAAAAUUUGCGAUUUUGGUCUAGCAAGGAGCAUCUACAAAAACGAUGAAUAUCAAAAGAAAGAGAACAGCCCUCUACCAGUGAAAUGGCUAGCCAUAGAAUGUAUGGUGGACCGCAUUUUUUCCACGCAAUCAGACAUCUGGUCCUUCGGUAUUGUUCUCUGGGAGCUAUUUUCACUCGCACAAACGCCGUAUCCAAAUAUCAGCCCGGCAAACUUGCUUAACUGGCUUUCUGAGGGACAUCGUCUGGAGAAGCCAACGUACUCUGAUGAUAGGCUGUAUGAUGUUAUGCUGAAGUGUUGGGAGAAGAAACCUACCAUGAGGCCCUCAUUUUCAGAACUGCAAGUUAUUUUGGGUUCUUUCCUCGAGGAUAAUGUUCGGAAUCAUUACGUAGACUUGAAUGCUAUGUACAUGGAUAUAAAUGCGAGAUCAGAUCAAGAGGACUAUUUAGCGAUGGUAUCAGCCCCUGAUUAUAACAACAUCGUAACUCCCAGCCCUCAUCAUUAUACCAAUGAUGCUAACCAGUUCUUCCCAUCUGCAACACCCAAGAUAUUGGCUCAUGAUGACGAAGGCUACUUACAAAUGAGCCCCCCGAAUCAACACAUAUUCAGUCCACGUGUACCGAGUACCAAAUUCGAUUUUGACGCUCGUAAAUUGAACGCAAAAAUAGAGGUCAACGAAUGGCCUGAGGAGAGAACACCGAUGCUAACACUGAACAAUCUCCCAGCUCGAACAUGUUCUGAAUCGGACGAUGCCUACCUAAACAUGGCCCCUCAAAAUGAUGAUGAGGUUUUCGAAGCCAAAGAUUGCAAUAAGAACACGAAGAAUAUCGCCGCGUCUAAUCCGACAUAUAUUAUGUACGAUAUGGAUAAAAAGCCCCACAAAAAUAAUUACAUCAACGUGUCCAAUGGUCUAGUCAAGUAAUCUCUAGUAAAAUCUCAUUACUGUUAGUGCUAGAAUAUCUCUAGUCGAUCUAAAACGAUUUUUUUUUGCAUUUGUCAGAUGAGCUUGAAAAUAAUUCGUCGUUCCGUUUUUGUCUUGCGUUUACAUACGUAGAUUUUUAAUGGCUUAGAGGAGAUCCGGAAAUGGCAAUUUAAAUACAGCUUUUAGCUAUUAUAAUUACAAUAUUUUUAAUGUUCCAAUUUCAAAAAUUAGUUGGGUUAAAAAUUGUUUAAAAAGUUUGGCAUCUUUACUUGAAAGUGGCGAAAAGUCAACUAUUGCCAUAAUAUUAAAAAAGAGUAUUUUUCACUUAUGUUUGUGGAAAGAGGUUUUAGUUUUUUUUUUAAUUUGCUAUCCAGCUUCCUAUCCUUUUGUCUAUUUUGUGUACAAAUUUAAUAAGAGAUAUUCGAUUAGCUAUAAAUAGUUUUAUACGGAAAACCGUAAAUAUACAAAAAUAUUUAGUAUUUACCACCAGUAUUUUGGUUUACCCCACCAUUAUGUAAUAAUUUUCUUAUUGUAAAUAUUCUCAUUUACCAAAGAGAUUUAAAUAUAUAGAAAACAAUCAAAUCGUCUAACGCAAAUCGAAGAUCUUGUAUUACUCGCCCUAUAUAAUUAUAUCUCUUGGAUAAACUUGCUUUUUAAUAAUAUAUUUCAUUCCUCAUUGAUUAUGGCACCGUGUAGUUUGUUUAUAGCGUGAUAUCAUUACGUAAAUGAUUUAAAAAAAAUUAAGUAUUUUUUUUCGAGAACCGGUAUUGUUAAGCGCUGAUAAAAAUGUCAGCUGUGUAUGAAAAAUCCUUUAAUCUGUAUAUGUAUAGAUUUUUCAUAGAAAUAUUGUACGCAUUUGCUGAAAAUAAGUUUAUAUUUAUAGUGUUAUAUGUCUUAUUAGCCCGCUAGCGUUUUAUUUGUAACCUAGAAAUAGGCUGUUAAAUAAAUUGAAGUUCUAAAUACCAAAUUUAAUACAUUUUUUGCAAAACCAUCUUGUACUGAAAUGAUAAAUGGUCGAUACGUACUGUCAUCUUCAUACCAAUUAAGUUCUCGACUUUCUACAUACACUACUGUUAAGGCAUCUUAACUAAACUCCAGGAGCACCAAGCUCUAAGAUCUAUAAAUAUAAAAUUUGUUUGUUUGGUAAUUGAUAUAUUAUUAGAAAAGUCUUUUUUAUUAAAAAUACACUGCUCAAACAUAAGGUAAAUUUAUAGCAAAACACUUUCAGCACGGAAGUCGAGAAAAUUAUACUAACUAAAGAUAGUAUAAUUAAAUACCACAAAUUCCAGGACUGUUAUCGCAUUGGUUUGACAAAACUGUCUAAUACAUGUCAAUCAGAAGUCUGUCUGACAUCUCGACAGCAUAAAUUCUCCAUACAAUUGGUAUACUGUAUACCCAUACAAGUCAAAGAUUGCUGAUUGCUUCUGUUUAGUUUUAAAUAAACACGUAGCGCUAAACAUUUCAUACUAUUGCUGUGUAAAAUAGGGGUUAUACUCAUUGUUUGCUAAAGGUUAAUCAACUCCAGGUUUGUAUCCAAAAUAUUAUCGCAAAUUGUAAAUCUUCUACACUAGAGAUGUUCUUUAGGUUUUCUGUACAAAAAUCUACGACUCGUAGCAGUUACGGUAUUUUUGAUUUGUAACGUAGUGUUAUCCGUAACCUUUUACAAAAACAGUUGAAGGAUUAAACAAUAUCAUUACUAUGUCUAACAACUAAUUACACGGUGUACAUAAUAUAGAAAUAAAUUUGCAUUUAUCAGCUAUUUUCGUAAACUUGACAUUCAAGUUUUUGUUAUGUA